AUGAUCGUUCAGCGCUUUGGCCCCCUGGAUCUUCGUAUCAGUCUUUGACUACGUUUCUCGCUAAGACCACAUUUGCCCUGAUUCUUGUGUCUUUCUCCACUCUCUCGCUCUUUUUCCAAGGUUUUGGAUAAGUAUCACGAUGGCGCAGAGUUCUUGUUCUGCUUGUUCCUCUUCUGUUCUGCGGUUAUCGAAUGCUGCCGCAGCACCGUACUGUACUAAUGGUGCCCUGUUGCAUGUUGGUCGCAUUGCGAGGAGUGCGGCACCGAACGGCUUUACCGAAGUAGCCAUCGCAAGCAGCAGAAGUCCGUUGCCUGUCCUUCUCAGGCCUGUAGAAAUGUCCGAAGGACUGGGGCUGCGACCAGAUCAACACGAGCAAACACUUCCAGAACAAAGCAUCGCGACUUGUAGAAGGAGAACUAGGCUUGGCUCCUGCCAGCGAGGCACGCGGCUGGGUUCGAGUGCUCGGACGAAAUAUGGCGCGACUCGAAAAGCGGACGUCUUUGCAGCGAUAAGCGCACAAAUGGAUGUGGAACAGGGCCUGACGAGGAUAUCAGCUUCUGAUGGCGUAGCAUCGCUUCCUUCUACCGCGAGCUCGGAUAUCGUACAGCAAAACCAGAAUUUUUCAACGGAAAAGAACAAAGCUCUUUUUGACAGCUUUUCAAGAAGAACACCGCUCCUGGUCCAGGAUCAACGCGAGGCUGUUGGAAUAGAAAUGGAUGCAUACGCAUCCCCCGUUGGCGGAAUAGUAGAGUCAACAUCAAGGUCAAUUUCAGUUCCGGACCAAGAUGUUUACUCAUCCUGUUUAAAUGCGGAACUCCUUCAUUGUUACGAAAAUUUUGAACGGCACGUGGAAAGCCCUACGGAUUGUCCACUAGUUGCAAACGAGCUGUGCUUUCUAUUGGAACACUUCUUAAGGACCUGAGUUUUGUAUCAAAUUGAGUACGAAAGGAGUAGGUGUAGGACUCGAACUAUAAUCAAUCCGUGUUGGGGACGAUUGAUGUGCAGUGCUCUGUCACGAUGCUAAAAAAGCCGACUCAGAAUAUGAGAGAAAGGUUCAAAGUGAUAGCGUAGUCGUUGUAGAAGUAUAUUAAGUGGGUAAAAAUUCUGCGUGCCCACAGGGUAAGUCGCAAGCCACCAUCAUACUGAUACUUAGGAUGAGCAUGAAACUAGCUCUAGUAGCUCGAAAUACUGCUUUGAUGGGACGCAAGCUUCCGCGAGAUAUGCGCAUGUAUCUCUACAGGAGUCCCCGGUUGCCAGGAUGUUUCCAUUCAAUCGACACGCUUGCAGGUUUCCUCCAGUUCGCGUCUCCGCGACUAGUCGAGAAGCGUCGCCCCGCAUUGCUAGAACGGGCAAGACUCCUAUUAACAUCUUCCUCAGUAUCGAACGAUGCUGGCGAUGGAGAAACUUCUAGGACCUAUAUUACCUUUAAGGUUUCCUGCGGGAAUCAAAUCCAUCUUGAUGUUUUAGAAGCAGCCUGAACCUGAAUGACGAAUCAUGUGUUGUAUUAGAGCGAGUAAGGGAGAUGAAACGAUAGAUACUAGAAACAAGGCACUUUAUUUCUUUAAGUAAUCUACUCUGUCUAGCUCUUGCUCAGGAUCAUCAUUCUUUAAGAUGGAUUUCGGUCUAGGGUCUAAUAAAUCGCCCACAAAGUCCGUUGGAGAAGACACGCCGAGUAAAUUUCCUCCAUUGUGCAUUUUACUGCAUAAGCUUACGCCAGCGUCGCGGCGGCGGCAACGUCAAGCAGUCUUCAAUGAACGCAAUAGUAAAAAAGGUGUUCCCGCUGAGCAUGUACUCGCCGCUGAGCUGCAUGUAGCGUCACUUGUCGUCGCGCAGCUGCAAGCGCAUGUGGAGUCGAACGGCCUGGCUGGAGUAGAUAGCUCUGACCUAGUGGCAGCUAUCGACGGUCUCGCGGGACGAAGAGGCGUAGAAUACGCGGAGCAUGAAGAACACGAGAAAAACAUGGAAGCGCGGUGUGGUGCGGUGUUUACCAGGGUACUGGCGGAACUUGUCAAGCGUCCGCCUAUCGUGAAGAGCGCUCCUGUACUAGAAAAAGGCAAUUUGGAGCACUCUUUGAAUAGGACAACUCGGAAGUUGCAAUCUGAAGAGAUCUAUUACAAAAAUUUGCUGGGAGCAGGCAUGGCGUUGAGUAGUGCUGAGCUGGCCCGUCUCUGCGACAGUCUCACAGAUGAAGUAUCGAUUGGCGGAGACCAGACGUUACAUAACCACGUGAGCAAGGCAAGCGCGUGGAUCCAUUCAGUAAGUUACGCUCUAGUUCGCGCGAAUGAGAGGGUGACGCCAGCAGAGCUUGCUUCCGUUGCGCGGUUCGUUUCUUCAGCGACCUCAAUUGUAAGUUCCGAAUACAAGAGAGGUGUACCUCCCCUUCUUAGUGCCAUUGCGGUUUCGGCGCAAAAGAAGGCCGCAGAGUUUAGUGCAUCUUCGCUGGCAACGUUGCUGGAGGCUUUUGCGCGGGUGCGACUGAGUGAGCCGUUUCUCGUCUGUCGGCUUGCGCUGCAGCUGCCUCGGAUUGGGGAGUCGCCGAACUGUCCUUUAUCAACGCUUCGACGAUUGCGCGAAGCUUUUUUUUCAUGUGGUGCGCGUAGUGAGAUGUUAACGGACCUAUUCGAUGCUCUAGAGGCGGAACGCGUAUGGCAAGCGAAAAAGCCACUAGCUUUAAGGGCCAGAUUCUGUAUGUAACUGCUUUGCCGCGUCCUUCACAGCCAUCGUUGACAUGAUUUUUCCGCAAUCAUAGCAUGGAAAGUAGAAGCCGUCCUUCCUCGACAUUUGCAAUGCGUAGGCAGGAAAGAAGUUGUCCUCUAGAUGAAUGUUUUUUCGAGAGCAAGAAUGGUGUACGGCGUUUGAGUUUUUCAUCACUAAUACAAGACGAACGAGAACAAGAGGCAAAGAGGAGAAAGAGCAAGAAGCCAACACAUUAAGGGUUGUCAAUUAACACUGUUUAACAUAGUCAAUCACAGAUCGAAGGGAGGGCCCAAUUGUAAAUCAUUGAUGAUGGUACUAUACAAGCCGCAUAUCUACAAGCACUACCCAAAUAAGACAAGGAGAACUUUGUCAAAAUUGUAGUCGGGCAUGUGGCACAUGCCAAGGUGCGUUAAGCAGAGCAAGGAGACGGAAAACUUCUUUUUAAUGAAAAUCUUCGAUUAUAUAUCCCUAAUGAAACCACGAGCUUUGGACGGGUCAUCCGCAGUUUGGACACGAUCGACCGCCUGCCCCCCGUGUGCGCAACCUUUGUAAGACCACGUCGUAGUUUUGUAUUUCAUCCUAUCUUCUCUCUCACGAAUUAAUAUCGAGAAUUUGACUAGGUAUCUUGAUCUUCCAGUCACGAUUUCAAACUGUAACAGCACUGAUGAAGUUCUCAGAGAUUGAUGCAUCUGUUGAUACAUAUUUUGGGUCUCACGAUCCAUUUCUCACAUAGGUGCAAUAAGUCACUUCAUUAUUAGGAUGAUGGAAACAACAGCAACGAGCUGCUCCUACUACGCCUGAAUAGUAGCAUGCGCUUCCAUGCGAGAACUACGAUCCUCUCCCAUAAGUGUGGUUUGCACGAGCAAGUCCCUAAGACCCAAAUCCACGACCCGCUCAGCAGAUACCAUAUUUGAUGUGGUAUCGUACUUUCUUGCGAC